CCCAGCAUGUGUUCGGUGACGUAUGAUCUGACAGUAAACGCGCUCGGUCACGUGGCGCCAUGGCUUUGAAAGAGGAGGACGGAGCUGCUGCUCCACAGAGGGCGCGGAGGAGCCGGAGCAUCACUGGGUUUAGUAAAGCUAUUAGUGCCAAAAAACUGGGGUUCGUAGCAUGAGGCAGGACGGGUCCAUGCAGAUGGCUGCGGCUCAGAAAGAGGGCUCAGACCAGAACUUUGAUUACAUGUUCAAACUGCUGAUCAUCGGGAACAGCAGCGUGGGGAAAACGUCGUUUCUCUUCCGAUACGCUGACGACUCCUUCACAUCAGCGUUCGUCAGCACGGUGGGCAUCGAUUUCAAAGUCAAAACCGUGUACAAGAAUGACAAGAGGAUCAAGCUGCAGAUUUGGGAUACAGCAGGACAGGAGCGUUACAGGACCAUUACGACUGCCUACUACCGCGGUGCCAUGGGUUUCAUCCUCAUGUAUGACAUCACCAACGAGGAGUCGUUUGGAGCCGUUCAGGAUUGGUCGACCCAGAUAAAGACGUACUCCUGGGACAAUGCGCAAGUCAUCCUGGCCGGCAAUAAGUGCGAUAUGGAGGAGGAGAGGGUUGUGUCUGUGGAGAGUGGCAGGCUGCUGGCUGAACAGCUGGGUUUCGAGUUCUUUGAGACCAGUGCAAAGGACAACAUCAACGUGAAGCAAACCUUCGAGCGUCUGGUCGAUAUUAUCUGUGACAAGAUGUCUGAGAGUUUAGAGACUGAUCCUGCUGUUACCACGGGAACCCAGGGCAACGCCAGACUAACGGACAACCCGCCGCCCAUACAGCAACCCAACUGCGCCUGUUAGUGUUCUGCCUAGUGCGUCCUAGUCCAGCGCGUGCGUGUCUGUUUGUGGAAUACUCAGCUCCUUAAGUUGAGGCAUUUAACCUUUAACCUUGUGGGUGACCGGUGCCGGAAGAAGCCUGUUCUUAUUAGCCAUGGAAGGCAUGUCCUGAGUCAUGUGAUCCUCUUAAGCUCCGCCCCUGCCCAAAUAUUGUCUUGCGUUGGAAUCUGACUGCUUUUCUUUUUUGUUUGAGAAAAGAUAAAACGGCUUCGAAAAAGCCAAAAAGCUUUUAUUUUGUGAGCUCUGUACAUAUGAAAAAAUGAUAGCUCUAGAUGGCCAGGGUUAGGCUCUUCUUACAGCAUAUGAUCUGCUCCGGCACCUCUGUACCACACCCAUAUCUGACUCUCUGAUGUGCAGUGCCUGGUUCUUUUUAUUUUCACAUUCAUUUUCUUUUUCUUCUCUUUAGAGUGGAUCAAAGUCACUGUGGUCUUGCGCUGUAACACGACUGGUUCAAAUUUCUCCAACAUGCAUGUAUCAGAUAUUUAGAGUUAAUUUGAGCUUAUGGUCAGUUUGCUGGUCUUAGGCCUGUUCAAGAAAAGACGUAGAUGUAGCUCUUUCAAAGCAGGAGCAAUUCAUUUCCUCUUAAAUGUGGAUUUAUGGAUUUUUUUUCUGGUUCCAGCUGCUUAUUUUGUUAGCUUUUCAACACACUGAUCUGUGUGGGGGUUGGUGGUGUGCGCACAUCUCAAGUCAUUUAGAAAUAUCUGAAAUAUAUAAUUGUAUAUACCUCAGUAGUUUGGAUUCGGAGAUAUUGAGUGAGCCAUACAGGGACACACACUAUAUUAACAAAUGUUUCUAUUAUUAGUAGUUUUUCAGAGAAAUCAUCAAAGACUUUUUACGUGAUUUAACUUAUUUAUUUAUCUAUGUAUUUAAUGUAAACCUGCUCAGAAGGUUCAGAGUCGGAAGAAAAGCUUCAAAUGUCAGGCUUGUUUGAUAUUUGAUAUAUAAAAUGAGUGCAUGUUAGUGGCCGCAGUGUUCCCUGUCCUUUCUCUUUGUGUUUAUCACUGUGGCUUCUUUAUCUCUGCUGGCAAAAAAGGUACUUUGUGGUAAAAGCAGAGCGUUUUAGCAUCUCCCGCCUCAAUUGGUACCUCAGUCUAGCCUAAUAGAGGCUUUUAUGAUGUUUAGAUGUUCCCUGUUUUCUUACUGAAAGUGAAGCACGAGUGAGCUGUCUGGGGCAAGAGAACGCCGCAAUACUCAAGGAAAGGUCCCAGACAGCUAUUUCUGCAGCGUGAGUCAGUCCAUCAAUAUUUCAACGGGAAAACCUGAUAUGACUUCUUGGAUUAUAAAUAACAAGCUUGUUUAUGCUUCCUAUUGUGAAUCACCACUGCUAGGCACCUGUCUGCAAGCAGAGCUCUCUGUCCCCAUUCGGUUAACUGUUUUCUGUGAUUG